AGUUUCCCUCAAGCUGUCAGAGCUCUCUUUGGAGCACGAGGAAGAGCGGCACAUGGAGCGUUCAACAGCUUUCCAAUGUGGUGCUGUGACCCUUGAGGUCUUGACCUUGCUAUGUAUGACUUCCUGGAUUUGGCAUCCCAAUUCCAGGAAGACCAUCCCUUCAUCACGCACAAUGGUCCAAGCGCUGAUGAAGUGGUGUCGCAAGCCCAUGAGCCAGGAGACUUUUCAGGAAUUGGACCUAUUGCGCUGCAAGAAGAUCUGUCGAAUCUGGCAAUUAAUCUUGGCCGGCAUCAUUAUCCGAACGAUUGUCGGACAGGUGCUUUUAGCCUUCGGGUCACUGUCAUCCAUGGCUGACUAUGAUUUGGCUUUCUUUGUGCAAGGUUUUUUGGCACUGUUGGUGACUUGGAAGCCUCAGAUCAUCACUCCCAAGACAGUGGAUGCUUCAAUUAUUACAUGUCUUUUUGCUUGGAAUGGUUGCCUUCUUCCUGUGCUGGAUCGUCUCGAUGUUAGGGAUGUGGUGACUUUGAGUUUUAGCUUUCGCUUCGUCUUCUUAGUGAUGGCCCAACGCAACUCGACCAUUUUCCUGGGUAUGGGACUGAACUUCUUGCAAACAUAUUGGAUGGCGUCGGUGCAAUCUGACCUGCACUUGUGCAGCAGCCUAAUCCAACUCCCAAUUUAUCCUCUUCUUGUCACUGUGCUGGUGGUGAUGUUGGUGGGCCUGUACAUUGCUCGGAACCUGAUGGAGGAGAAUGCCACCUUGAAGCACGCCCUGGAAGGAAGGACUGUGGAGCUGGGGGUGGUGACCUCGUUACUAAACGCCUCCUAUGAUGCAGUCGUGGAGGUCGAUGACUCCUGGAAGUUGCUCGGCGAGAGCACUCGGCUGCUGUCCACCAUGUUGGGAUAUGGUGAAUCCGAAGCUGGAGAAGUGAGAAGCUCGUUGCUGGACUUCUUCACAGAGGAGGACCAAGAGCGAAUCUCGCAACAGGUCCGAAGCUCCAUCAAGUCAGAAAGCACCUCAGUGAUGGCGCUGAAUGCGGAUAUGCUGACCUUGGAUCAGACUCCUGUGAAAGUGGAGCUCUUCCACGCUCAGUUUCGAAGCCUGGCGAAUCAGCGAUGCUUUUUGGUGGGCCUACGAGAGCUUUCGGAUGAACCUUUCAUGGCGGAAGCGACCUCCAGCUGCAGUUCAAAGGAGGUGGUGGCGAGCGAAGACCUCUUCGUAGCAUUCGACGUCGAGAACUUCAAUAUGUUCAUCCUUAGCAGUGCAAUGGAGCGGUGGUGCCAGGAGGAAUUGAGCAAGAUUCCGGAGAGUGUCUUGGAAAUAUCGAGCGCUCCAGAGGCGUUGCGUUCCCAGCUGCAGCACCUCGAGGAGAUGAAAGUGGAGCAGGAGACAACCCUCAGAUUCAACCUCAUUGGGGCAGGCGAGGUUUCCGCCUCACUUUCACUGGAGCACGACGCCUCGUUGGGAAGAAUGGUGGGGAUCCUGACAAUUCCUUGCCGCUCGAAGAGUACAGAUCCCGCAGGUGCUCUCACACAGGAGGGGUCUCAGGGGGCCAAACAGCCGAACCCGUUGCGGGGGUUCUCUUGAAACAGGCCUGGAAACUAGCUCCGUCCGGCAAACGCCCACACGUUUGCCCUGGAAAAGAAGUCAAGGAUCACUUGCGACGUUUGGACACUGACAUGUCAUCUCUCGCUGCCAGGUGAGUGUUCAAGGUUGGAAGUUCCCCGACGACCAGCGCGGCGGUUCCAGCGAUGCCAGCGCACGGGGUGGGCGGAGCCAACGGAGUCAAGGAAGUGUUCGAAGGUGGCCAUCAAGUGGGUUCAUCAGCAAGCUUCACAAUCCCAGGACCCUACAAUUGUGACCCAGACACGGAGAUGAAGACGGGACUGGAGUGUGACUGGAGCGACUGUGAACCGUGGAAACAGCAAGCCGUCAGUUCUCAGUUGCUGAUCCAGAUCCCAGAUCUUUUGAACGGUUUCAUCAUCCAAAAAGUGCGAUGAAGGAAAUGCAUUUCAUGAGAUGCACCUAUCGUGUGGCAUCGUGUGGCAUGGAGACUGCCUCGACCCAUGCCUUCCGAAACGGCAGGGAGGGCACGGCCAAACGGUCAGCUGUCCUUCGCCCCUUCGCGCGGCCCCUUCGGG